AUGGCCCUUAGCGCGGCACCACCAAAGACGCUGGAGGGAAAGGUGGCACUCGUUACCGGAUCCGGACGCGGUAUCGGUGCCGGUGUAGCUCGUGAGCUAGGUGCAAGGGGAGCAUCGGUCGUUGUCAACUAUCGAGGCAGCGCUGAGGCGGCCGAGGCCCUGUCCAGGGAGAUUGAAGCUGCCGGCAGCAAGUCCAUCGCCAUACAGGGUGAUAUUGCUAACGUCGAGGAUAUCAAGACGCUGUUCGAGAAGACAAAGGCGCACUUUGGCAAGAUCGACAUUGUGGUCUCCAACUCUGGCAUCGAGCACUUCGGCAAACUGGACGAGGUGACGCCCGAAGAGUUUGACAAGGUUUUCGCUGUCAACACUCGCGGUCAGUUCUUCGUUGCGCAGCAGGCGUACAAGCACCUCGAGGACGGCGGUCGAUUGGUUCUCAUGUCGUCAAUCUCGGCGCACAACUCGAUCAAGGAACACGCCCUGUACGCAGGCAGCAAGAACGCCGUCGAGGCUUUCGCCAAAAACUUCGCAAAGGACUUCGGCCCCAGGCGCAUCACGGUGAACACCAUCGCGCCUGGAGGCGUGAAGACCGACAUGGCCAACGACGUGGGGUGGAAGUACCUCCCCAAUGCCGACGAGACCUGGACCUGGGAGCAAGUCGAGGCAGUGGUCUCCAAGUGGACGCCGCUCGGCCGCAUAGGUCUGCCGCAGGAUAUUGGGCGCGUAGUGGCUUUCCUCGUCGGCCCCGACGGCUACUGGAUCAACGGUAGGUAG